UCGCGUGUCUCUAGCGUCGAAUGCAACAACGAUCAAAACAAAACAAAGUCGAGUCGAGUCGAGUCGAAACGAGUUGGAAAUUAACGACAAAACACAAACAACUGAAAGCCGCUAAAAGGCAUUUGCAUGGCUAAAACCCCUAAGAGGUUAUCAAAUUCAGUUUAACAGUUAGAAUUAACUAACAAGCUUACGCUCAGUGUGCGAGUGUGAGUGUGAGUGUGCGUGUGUGUCUCUGUGUGUACUUCGUGUCUAUUGCGCAAAAUGUUUGCCCAAAUGCAUGGCUCAAAUGCAUGGCCAAGCCUAAAACUGGCAGCCGCUUGCAAUUAAACACAAAAGAUACAAAGUAUCUGCAACUGUAAACAGCUACAAGAAAAAAUAUAGAAAAAAUUCCACGUGUUGAGCAACGCGGCCAAUCAAAUAGUUACAAAUCACAACAACAACAAAUAUACACAUCAAACACGGCGGCAAGAUGCAGUUUUGGAUAACUUUGACAUUUGCAUUGCUUUCGGUUGGCGUCACCUGCAGUGCCCAGGUAGUCAGCCCCUCGACCGCCUCGCCCGCCUCGCUCGCUGUGCAAAAGUUCCGCGUUACCCCCCACGAUCUACAAAUACUGGAGGGCACGGAUACGCUGAUGCGCUGUGAGGUGUCCUCGCGCGCAGGGAAGGUUCAAUGGACAAAGGAUGGCUUCGCGUUAGGUUUCUCAGCAGUAAUUCCCGGUUUUCCGCGCUACUCGGUGUUGGUGGAUGCCGCCCAUGGCAUAUAUAAUUUGCAAAUUAAGAACGCCACGCUCGAGGACGAUGCUGAGUACCAGUGCCAGGUGGGCCCGGCCGCUGGCAACCCGGCCAUUCGCGCCAAUGCCAAGCUCAGCAUUGUGGCAGCACCCAGCAGCAUUUCCAUUGAUGGCUAUGCACGCAACGCCAAGGUGGAGGUCAUCGAGAGUCAAAACCUUACGCUACAGUGCAUCACCGAGAAUGCCAAUCCGGCGGCAGAGAUUGUUUGGUAUCAGGGCGAGACGCCGAUGACAUUGGCGCCCAUUGUCUCAAUAAAUCAAACAUCGGCCAAGCGUUUCCGCACCAGCUCCACGUUGCAUCUUUCUCCGCGUUCUGACGAUGACUUCAAGGAAUUCUCGUGCGAGGCGCGACACAAGGCGCUGCCUCCGGAUGUGCCCAUGCGCGCUCAAGUGCAGCUCUCUGUGCUAUACCCACCCGGCCCGCCAUUCUUUGAGGGCUACAGCCAAGGCGAGACUUUGCGUCGUGGUCAGGAGGUUCAAAUCGCUUGCCGGAGUCGUGGUGGCAAUCCUCCAGCACAGUUGGUUUGGUAUCGCAAUGGCGAGGUCAUUAGCUCACCGCAACGCACGUCGGGUCGCCUCUCGGAAAAUGUGUACAAAUUCACGGCCAAUGCAUCGGAUAAUGGCGCCAAUUUGGUCUGCGAGGCUAAAAACCUGCUGUCCAAUACUCCGUUGCGUGCCGAACUUAAUCUGACUGUCCUAUACGCACCUAAGGAUGUUUUCCUGAGCGGCGCUACCCAUGCAAAAGUCGGCGACGCUGUGCAGCUGAACUGCGUGACAGCUCCCUCCAAUCCUCCGGCGCGCAUCAACUGGUCCAUGAAUGGGCGUCCAUUGAAUAACAGCACCUACAAGACGACAAUCAGCGCUGAUGGUGGCUGGGUGAGCAGCUCCAACAUAACCUUGAAUAUCGAUUCCCAGAGUCGGACCUUCAUCACCGUUUGUCAUGCGCUUAACGCGGAGCUCUCUCAGAAUGUUGUCGGUUCGCACACGGUGAAUGUUUUGUAUCCUCCCUCGCCGCCUCUACUGACCGGCUACAACGACGGUGACAUUCUCAUCUCCGGCUCGAUUCUGAAACUGCAAUGCAGCUCCGCUGGUGGCAAUCCACCACCCACAUUGCAAUGGUACAAGAACGAUAAGCGCUUGAACGCCGCCUCGAAGGUGACCGAUAACAAAAUCAGCUCGGAGCUCUCUUUGCUGGUGAAUGCCUCUGAUAACAAUGCCAUCUACAAAUGUGAGGUUCAAAAUGCGGCUAUCGAGAUACCAUUAUUCGCCACAAAGACCCUCGGCGUACACUUUCCACCGGAGACAGUCAAAAUAAGUGUUGCACCCAAGAACCUAGUGCCCGGCAUUCGAGCCAAACUCAUCUGUGAUUCCAGCUCGAGCAAUCCACCCGCGAAAAUCAGCUGGUGGAAGGAUGGCAUACCAGUGGAAGGACUCAAUCUGGCCAACAGGCCUGGUCUCUGGGGCGGUUCGGUGUCCACCCUGGAGAUGCACGUGAACAUUACCCAAGAUCUCGAUGGCUCCAUCUAUACCUGUCAGAGUCACAACGAAGUACUGCAGCGCAGCGUUCACGAGACCAUCAGCCUGGACAUACUCUUUCCUCCCAAGUUCGACGUUGCUCAGAUUACCAGCUUUGUGGGCGUGGAAGGCGCACCACUACAAGUGGAACUACAUGCCAGUGGUAAUCCCAUGUCCAUUAGCUAUACCUGGACCAAAGAUGGCCUGCCCAUUAGCAGCAACCCCUUGAGCGGCCAGCGUCUGAUAUCUGAUGGACCUCGUCUCAAUAUAAGUCGCCUGGGCCGCAAUGACGCCGGGGUCUAUGUGUGCGAGGCACUCAACACACAGGGCACAGCCAUGCUGGAGAUUCAAGUGAUUGUCGAAUAUGCACCCAUUAUUACCUCUGUCACCGAGGGUCAAAGCUUUGCAUCUGGCGCACAGGCUGUCCUCGCCUGUCAAGUGCAAGCCCGCCCACUGGAAGCAGCCCAUGUGCGUUGGUCACGACCUGGCUACGAUUUAGCCACACGCACCACUUCCACCUUUGAGAACAACACCGCACUAUUGCACAUUGAUAAUGUUCAGCGUGGGGAUAUUGGCAAUUUCACUUGCACUGUGGACAAUCAACGUGGACCACCAGCUUCAAAGAAUGUUGUCCUUGUCGUACAGACAUCCCCAGAGAUUGAUCACUCGCCUGCCUACACCCGCUUUGCAGCUCGUUUGGGCGUUCGGGCACAGCUCAUUUGCCGUGCUUUGGCCUCGCCACAGCCCAGUUUCAUUUGGCGUCGUCAUGGCAAGGAUCUCAAGAUGCAGCGUCGCAACAAAUUCACGAGCGUCGAGCGACAAGUGGAUCCGCUGCACUUUGAAUCCGCUUUGCUCGUGGAGAGUACCUCGGCGGAUGACUAUGGACAGUACGAGUGCGUGGUGCGUAAUUCAAUGGGUCAGGCCAGUACAACUCUGGAGUUUAGUAAGCCAACGCGGCCGGAUACGCCUCUGCAGCUGCGGGUGGGCAAUGUCAGCGAUACGAGCGUGGAGCUGAUGUGGACACCUGGCUUUGACGGCGGCAUGCAGGUGUAUUAUCGCGUUCGCUUCAAGCAGCAGGGUGAGGAUAAAUACAAGUACAUGGACGCCAAGGUAGGCCAACAAAACAUCACACUGGAGGGUCUAAAGCCCGGCGGCACUUACUUCUACUCUGUGAUGGCGCACAAUGAGGCGGGCGGCAGCAAAUUUCUGCCGGACAUCAAGCUCACCCUUAGCAAGGGCUCUCAACCACAUUCUGCGGAGUAUACCGAAAAGGAUGAGCUGCCCAAUGUCAUGAUCAUUGGCAUUACUUCCGCGGCCAUGGUGCUGUUGGUGUUGAAUGCUGCACUUGUAGCCUGGUUUGUUAUAAGGCGGCAGAAUAAGUCACAAGGCGAAACGGAGCCCAGCAAUGAUGAUGCCUACUCCAAGGAUGACAAUCAGUCUGUCUAUAAGGUAAAUAGGCUACAGCUAAUAGCAAAUAUUGAACUGCAGACUGAUUGGACUAAUCCUAACCAGCUGCCCAUCACUGCUUUGCAGGCGGACGUGCAAAAGAAGGCGGCCGCUUCCACAUAUCUCGUCGAGAACGUGGACAUCAUACAGUCGACGGCAUAUCCACCCAAAUACCAGGAGAGCUCUAUGUGCACGCCACCCUAUCCGCUGUGCAAUCCAGAUUUCACGCGCACGCUGCCCAAUCCCAAGCGGCAUAGUCAACGCAACAGCGCAACGGGCAUGAUUGAGGGCAUGCCCAUGCGCGCCAAGGAUGAUCACAUGCUGAUCUCCAAUGGCCUGUAUAUACCAUCUCCAUCGCCUGCCUCCUCAUUGGUCAUCAAGGGCAGUUACAUAUCAUCGCCAUCGCCAGCGCCGCCAGCCGAUGGCUCCUACUUCAAUAUGAGCGACAAAUACAUGUCCUAUCCACCAGUGACCUACUAAACCAUGCAGCACGUCAAAGACGAAAGACAACAAACACCAGCCAAGCCCAGCUGGACUGAUUGACAUCACACAUCACAAAACAAAGCCAACACCAAAAUUAGAAACAACACCAACAACGGAUAUACUCAUAAUGAAAUUGAGAUAGAGUCGAUUUCAGUCAAUAGGAGGUUUUUGUUGAUGCUUUUUGCUGGGGUUUGGUUGUUGCUGUUGCAAGUUUUUUGUUUUCUGUUUAUAAUUAUUACUAAAUGACGUUGAUUAUUAUGGAGCGCAAAUGGAGGAAACAUGUUGAAUGUAUUUUGAGAAAAGACAUUUGCAUGCGGCGCUCGAAGGCUGUGAUAAGUACCUGUAUCCAAGGCUCUCCACUCCACUCCAACCGAGUCGACACGACUCGGCCAACCGCAUCAUGAUACCCAGCACGCACAUCAAAACUUGGAUCCACAUCAAUCAAUCGAAGCGAUGCCGAUGCCAAUGGCGAUGCUGAUGCCAAUGGCAAUGGAUUAGCCUUUGGGGCAGGUGCGCAACCCACUCUACAAAUGCUUGCCCCCUCUCAUCAUCAACCAACACAAACACAAAUACAACUAAUACAACAACAACAACAACGACAAGAGAAGAAAUAGAAAAAGAAAAAGAAAAAGAAGAAGAAUAAGCAGCAGCAUUAGUGGAUACAAAACAACACUCAAAUAUUAAUUUGUAGGCAUUUUUCUUGAUAUUAAGUAGUAGCAAUUACGAUUUUUAGCAUUUAGCGUAAAUAUUAACGAGUCUGUUGAGUCGUGACUCAUUCUCAUUAGCAGUUGUUCAAGUUUAAGCUCUAGACAUACCAAUAUCUCGAUAUACCUUCAUAUAAGCCCAAUAGGCGUAACGAUUUUCGAAGCAAAAAAAAGUUUAAAAAUAAAAAAAGAAAAACAAACGAUUCAAAAUCACAGGAAAACAAAAGAAAAUCCUUAAGCGUAUUUCAAUUAUAAAAAUAUUUUUAAGCGUGACUUUCGUUAGAUUUAAGAGCCAAUUUAAAAUAGUAUAAGUGCAUACACAUAUACAAACACAAACAUAUAUAUGAUAUACCAUAUUUACACAAAUCGAACGACUUUUUAUCAUGCAUGACAAUAAAAUAUAUACAUGAUAAAAUAUGCGUAAACGCGCAAGCGCCAAAAAUUAUGUUAAAUAAAA